UGGAGAGCCGGCUGUCGCGCAUGGAGCUGCACACCUUUGUUCGUUGAUAGAUUAUCGUUUUCAUGUAAAUUAUGUAAUUUUCGGUGGUUUGUUUAUCGAGUGACUGGCAUGUGCCGCUUGUGCGCCUGCCCGCCACUCACUCUACACAGGCUCUGCCCAUGCACAUCACCUACAUUGUGCAUGCCUGGCGUGUACAAUGCUCGACCCGGUAAUAGCGCGACAUCCUCCUAUAUUCUGUCGUUCUCUGGCCCAAGCUUGGUAGCAGCACGCAAAAUUUGCGGUUCCUUUUAUUUUGCUGCAGCAAGCACGCCAGCCCAGGUCCAAUGCCCCUCCUUUUCUGCUUCACCCGGAGCCGUCGAUCUGCAAUCACAAAUGGACAAUCGGAUGCACCGCAUAUUGGUGUGCUUCAUAUGUGCGGAGCUGCGAUUCGCCAGCGCUCCACCGUGGAUGUGCCUGAAAAAACCUAGUGUUUACGUAUUUGCCCAGGCAAAUCCUCCAUCUGCACGGUUGCUUUGGGGUGAGAAACGGAUCCCAAGCGCACUGCUGACUGGACGACUUGUCCGGGUCUCAGCAUUUGCGAGGGGCAGCGGCCAAACUCUUAUGCAUGUGACGGGAAUAGUGAUAACGCGGCCUGCCAUAUUGGGGCAUUCCUGGCUAUGGACAACUGAAAGGGGGGGGAGCAAAUCCUCUAAUUAUAGUAGCCUCUCGCUUGACUGUGGCCAAGCGCUAGUUCUGAGAACGCCUGCCUAACGCAGGCUAGUAUGUCCAUGUGUACCGGGGGGAGAAAUGGCGAGCCAGGGAGUGGCCACGGCUCCCCAAAAAUACCCCGCUGCCUA